AUGGCUCCAAAAACGCCUGCAAAGACGUCUACCAAGAACCGAAAACAAAAUGAACCCACUGUCUCCAAACCUCCCGCCUCGAACCCUCCAGAUGGCCCUCACGUCAACUAUGCAGAGGUUCAGGCGGAGGAAAUCGACGUCCUUCAAGCCAUCUAUAUGGAAGACUAUGAAGAAGUAAAACUCAAAUCUGCCUGGAGCAAGAGCUCCGAUCGCGCCUUCAACCUCAAACUGAAGGCUUUUUCCGAUGAAUCUACUUUUGUCGUCCUUUCUGUAAAGUUGACGGCUACCUAUCCUAAAUCUGCGCCUGUGCUUCAGAUAGAAGGCCUGGAUAAACUACAAACUCAGGCCAAGAAACGUCUUCAAGACAUCAUCAAGAACAGACCUGUCGAAAUGGCCGGCGAAGUCAUGAUCCACGCCAUCGCAUCAGACAUCCAGGACGCCCUCGAGGAUGCAGUUCAGGCUAGAGAGCAGGGCACAUUACCUAGUCUUGACGUUGAGCGCACUAACCGGGAGGCUGCCGCAUUCGACCAAGCCAAGGAAGCUGAAGAAGAUGAAGCCAAGAGAGUGCAAGCCGCUCAAGACGAAGAAGAGCGCAUGCUGCAGAAAAUGGUGCAGGAUGAGGUUGAACGCCGUGAAUCCAAACGACGCGAUCGAUCUUCUCGCACUCAAACAGGAUCUAGCCCACAUCCUUCAAACGACGACGGCGCCCAAAACACAAUCAACUUUGAUCAAGAUGUCGCACUUGGACCCGGUGUGGAAAGUGCCCCAUUCAGCAGCGUUGCUCUGAUAGCGCCUAUCACAUCUAAGGGUCAAAUGGACAUUUACGCUGCUCAGCCCAGGUUUUCAAGAGGUUUCUCUAUGAGCCCAACCAUGCUUGCGGUUCGUCGUUUGUCUUUGAAGAUUGUACAUGGCGACGCCGCGAGUAAGAACCAUCUGUUAGCCCUCGAAGAAGAACUUGAAGCGCUCAAAGUCCUUCGCCAACCCAAUAUCGUCAACGUCUAUGCUUUCAAGGUAGCAAAACCUGAGGGAAGAGAUGGUGGACUGAAUCAGGAUUGGGAGGUCUCCGUCCUGUCAGAUCUUGCCAAUAGAGGAAGUCUGGCGGAGAUGCUCGAAGACGGACAUACUGUGCCACCCGCGAAGGCAAAACAAUGGUCUCUGGAUCUGCUGGAAGCUUUGGAUUACUACCACCGUCAUGGCAUUGUACACAAACGCAUCCACAGCGCCAACGUUUUGCUGUUUCGAUCAGACACUGGUGUAACUGCACCAAAACUUUCUGACGCUGCUUACGAAGACAGACUACUCAGAUUGCAAGGUCGGGCAAGCACUUUGGAGAAAGGCAAGAAGAUGGCUGCAUGGCUCGCCCCCGAGUGCUCUGGACAAGACGCAACCUUCACACGACGAAGUGAUGUUUGGGACUUUGGCGUCCUGCUUGUGCAAAUGCUGUUUGGAACUGCAGUGACCCGUAAGUACAACGGCCCAAUGGCGAUGCUGGAAUCUCUCGAUCUUUCCGAACCCCUCAGCGAUAUUUUGCGGAGGGUGUUCAGUAAGGAGCCGAAGAACAGACCCACAGCCUUUGAGCUGAUUCCCAGCGAAUUCUUCCGCAGCGAUCUACCAAUCAUUAAUACAGAGUAUUCCACGAAUUUCAAAAGUCCUGUAGCUAGGCGCUCUAGGCAAAAUUCACAGAGUGUUGGCGAAGGCCCAUCCUUCUCAAGAUAUACCAAAGACUUCACCGAAUUGGGUCGUCUUGGUAAAGGUGGCUUUGGCGAAGUUGUCAAGGCUCGUAAUAAGCUUGACGGUGGAGUCUACGCCAUCAAGAAGGUCAAGCAAGACUCGGCCGCACAACUUGAGCACGUGUUAUCAGAAGUCAUGCUUUUGCACAGGCUCAAUCAUGCUUACGUGGUCCGUUACUAUUCGGCCUGGGUCGAGGAUGACUUGUCUGGUAUGGUUGAGCUAGACCAGGAGUCUGUCUCGUUUGCCGAAGAUGUAACAACCUCCUCAGGCGACGGUAUUCAGUUCGGCAUGAGCAGCCGCGGAUUGGACUUCGUCAGCUCGAGUGGACUUGGCGACGACAUUGUCUUUGGCGAAGACAGUGAUAACGACGAAGAGGAAGAUGAUGAAGACGAUGACGACGAAGGGUUUUCCGAGAGCGCCAUUAGUGAUGGAGAAGACACUGACUCGCAGCCCCAGAGAACACAUCGUGCCUCAUCUCGUCGCUUCAUGCGUUCUACGCUCUACAUUCAGAUGGAGUACUGCGAAAGACACACACUUCGAGACUUGAUUCGGAAAGACAUGUACGCCAGGCCCGAACAAGGUUGGCAAAUGCUCCGACAAAUCCUGGAAGGUCUUGCUCAUAUCCACAAUCACGGCAUCAUCCACCGUGAUCUCAAGCCAGACAACAUCUUCAUUGACGUCGCAGGCAACCCUCGCAUUGGAGAUUUUGGAUUGGCCACAACAAGCCAGUACACUAGCGCUGAUAAGGUCAUGGCUAGCACUAACACUGGAGCUGAUAUGACCAGGAGUGUCGGCACUGCUAUGUAUGUUGCACCAGAGAUCAAGUCGGGUUCUGGAGUGAACUACAACGACAAAGUUGACAUGUACUCGUUGGGCAUUAUAUUUUUCGAAAUGUGUUUCCCUCUGCGAACUGCCAUGGAACGCCACGAGGUGUUACUCAAGAUGAGGGAGAAGGAGCAUGUCCUGCCUUCCGAAUUUUCAGCUCCAGAAAAGGUGCUCCAAGGCAACAUCAUCAUGGAUCUAAUUAGUCAUUCUCCUGGUGAUCGACCGAGCAGCAUGGAACUCCUUAGAAGCGGGAAGCUGCCGGUACAGAUCGAGGAUGAGACUAUCCGACAAGCCCUGCAGAGUCUAACAGACCCAGGAUCGCAAUACUAUCAAAAGAUGAUGACAGCUUUAUUCACCCAAACACCUGAUCAACGAAUCAAGGAUUUUGCGUGGGAUGCCAAAGCCAGCAAACAGCCCCCGACAGCCGAAGAUUUCCGUGUACGAGACAUUGCCAGAACCACCCUUUGUUCAAUCUUCCGCAGACAUGGCGCGGAAGAGACACAACGUCCUUUGCUGCUCCCACGUUCCAGCUACUACACGGCACCCAAUAUUGUUCAACUCCUGGAUGGUACCGGCAAUCUCUUACAGCUACCAUAUGAUCUGGUCCUCCCACAUGCCAGACAUCUUGCCAAACAAGAACCCUCUGUUGAGAAAACAUUUGUCUUCGGUAACGUUUUCCGUGACACUUUGAGCGGAGGACCUCCUAGGACAAUCAAGGAAGUGGAUUUCGAUAUUGUGACAAAAGAGAGCGACGAUCUGGCACUGCAAGAAGCAGAAGUUCUCAAGGUAGUCGACGAGAUCAUCGAUGAGGUUCCCGCGUUGUCUUCCCAGCCAAUGUGCUUCCAUCUAAGUCACUCUGAUUUGUUGGAUCUCAUUCUCGACUUCUGUCGCAUCGACAAAUCUCAGCGACCGAUCGUCAAGGAAACUCUCAGCAAGCUCAACAUCCAUCAAUUUGGCUGGUCCAAGAUACGUGCCGAACUUCGCUCACCCCUGAUUGGCAUACAUUCUACAUCUUUGGAUGACUUGGCACAGUUUGACUUUCGCGAGACUCCUGACAAGGCCCUAAGGAAGCUGCACGAUAUCCUUGUGGACAGCACGCAUGCCAGCAGAAUAAGAAGACCCAUGGAACACAUUAAGCGUGUGGUUGAUGCCAUGAAGCUGUUCGGCAUUCGGCGCAAGAUCUACAUUUGCCCCUUGAGCAGUGUCAAUGAGAAGUUCUACACCGGAAGUAUCUUGUUCCAAUGCAUCUAUGACAAGAAGAACAGAAACGUCUUUGCUGCUGGAGGAAGGUACGACCGUCUCAUCGACGCCCAUCGUUCUCGCGCCCAUGCCGUAAGUGAGGCAUGUCACGCUGUUGGCGUCAGCAUCGGUUGGGAUGGUCUGAUUGCCGCAAUCAUGAGGCACAAAAAGAAUGCUAUCAACAGUACAUACCUCAAGAAGGGGCAAGAAGAGUCUCUCAGCCCAGCUUGGAACGCAAAGCGCUGCGAUAUCCUCGUAGCUUCUGGCGACCCGACUGUCCUUCGAUCCACCGGCAUCAAGGUCCUCGCUAGCCUCUGGGCCAACGACUUCAGUGCUGAGUUAGCUAUGGACGCGCGAACCAUCGAUGAUGUGCUCAGCAAGCAGCGCGACGCAUCCCACCCCUGGAUCGUCAUGGUCAAGCACGAAGCUUCAAGCACCCUCAAAGUGCGCAACAGCACAACAGACACCGAGACCGAAGUCGCAAGCACGAACCUGAUCGCCCACAUGCGCUCCGAGCUGGGCGAACGCGAGUCGCGCGAAGCAGGUAACCACCGGUCUCGCCAUCAUCCAGCACUCCUCCGCCACUCGUCUCACCAUAACGAAGCCAACAGCAAUGGCGAGCGCAGUAAAAACAAUGUCCAAGUCCUCAUGGCCCAGCACCGCGGCAAAAAGAGCAACAAAUACCACAUCGUGGAAGCCGCCCAACAACGCUGGGCCUCCUACAUCGACACGUGGAAAUCUGCACCUAUCCUCGCCAUCGAAGGACGCGAGGGCAUCAUUGACAACAUCCGCGACGAGACUCGUCUUUCGGAUCCAGACUCGUGGCGCAAGUUGAUUCAAAGUACUCCACUUGCUGAACGGCAGUAUCUUGCUCAGGUUCAUGAGUUGCUUUUGGAGAUGAGGAAGAAGUGGGAACAGGGUGAGGAGGGUGCUGGUAGAGAGGCUUGUUUGUAUAACUUCAGAACUGCCAAUUGUGUUUAUUAUGACGUUGGUCUGUGA